UAAUUGAAUUCAAACAAUGCUUCUAUUUGCUCUCACUGGUGAGACUUGUCCUGCUCUGCCACAAACCAUAAUUGGACAAUUUCUCUUUCUAGAACUGUAGACAGUAGAUGUACGACAAGCCACAUCUGGAGAAAGCAGAAGCGAAAACAACUGUAAUAAAAUGACCUCUGUGAAACCAUCAGAGUCUGUCGGUGUCUCUGAUGGUUGCGCAGAACCCCAUGAGUUUUUUUUAACGCUCAUAUACCACAAGUUCCACUCAACCAUUUUCCUUUAUUCGUUUAUUUUUGCUAACAAGGAUGGGUUACGACAGGGAAGCUUCAUUGACUUGAAAACGUGUCGAGUAAAAACAGUUGCUUGUUACUUCACAGAGACAUGAACAUGACCUCACCGCAGGGUUCAGUCAGAAGCAGCUCGUCUCCUUGUUAAUCUGUCUUUCUGUCAGAUCGCUUUAGGCUUGUUUUCCAUUUGUCCGAUAACCAGCCCCCUCCUGCCUCUCCUCCCUUGCCCAUGCCCUCACCACAAUCAUCUGCUCCCCCACUGGUAUUGCACUCCCACAUCCAUUCCCUUUGGAUUCUCCUGAAGGAAUGCUAGUCCCGUUUGAAGGGUUCAUUUGGAGUUUGUGUGGGAAACCCACAGUAUUGGCUGCCAUCACUGCUCCCCCACAUCAUAGCAGCAGUUGAGCACACUCCUGCAUUCCUGCUCCUGUUGAUGCCUAUCAAGACUUUGGGGUCAACACAAACACAGCUGAGCUGGAUAAGGAAAUUCUAAUUUUCAGCAAAAAGAAAAAGCUGCGAAAGACUUCAAGAUUUUCCAGUUGGCAGUAAUUUGCAAAGAAUUUGCUUGAUUUGAAGCUGCUUUGUGCUUCCAUUUUAUCCCAUCUGGUCCGUUGCGGUGUUUGAUCCAGUCUGUCAAAGGGACUUUUAUUAACUAUCCUUAAAAAUAAUAUCCCUUGUACUGGCCUCAGUAAUUUAGGUCAGAGGUUUGGCCCAUUCCCAAACAGAAAAAGAAAGAAUAUCCCACCCCUCUUCAGUGUUAUUUUUUUUGUCUUGGUGGAUUGUGGAGCCAAAGGACCCCACGGAGUUCAGGAAACGCAGCUAGCUGCUCAUUUAGGCCAUUUCUUUGAAUUUUGUAUGGGAGUUGUGUUUUGCCAAUGGUUGCAGCGAUUGAUUUUAUGGAUAAGUAGCACCCUGGUUCAUAGAUGAAAGAUCCCACCUCUGGUCUGCUGUGGAAUGCAAAGAUUUAYGGCCCUUCUUGUUAAGAAACCACGCUCAGSCUCUGGCUCCAUCUCUGCUUUUUCCACCCUUCCAAUGACGUGCCACCCUUCUUAAGUGAGYGGCUACACUGCUCUUCAAGUUGGUUGUAAACCUUCGUUAAAAGCAGUAGUAGAACUAGACAUUAUCUGCAGGGAAGAGAGAGCCUUUUCUUAGAUGUCCACUCCAGACACAGAGCCCAGGGUUUUUCUGAGAGGAACAUCUGGCUCCCAUUAAAACCUCCUCCUCCUCAAGCUGCUAACAUCAUCCCCCCCUCUACUAUUAAGUUUCCUUUCAGAAUCUUUGCUUAUAUCUUCAUUCAUUCUCCCACCCACCUUUUUCUGAGUCCUCAUUCUCUCCGCCUACUCCGACCAAACAGCUUCCUACUACCUCCUCCCCUCUUUCCUCACCUCCAGURUCCUGUUCCCCUCUUUCGUUGCUGCAACAGUCUGCUCUGCUUUCUGUGGUAUCAUGAUGCGUGUGGACUGCAUCUGGGGGCUCCUCUUGCUCCUGUCUCUUAGUUUGGGAUGGACAAAGGCUCAGGAGACCAAUUACACCAGGCCUGUGUUCUACUGCGGAGGAGACCUGGUUGCUGAGUCAGGCUUUGUUGGCAGCGAGGACUUCCCCAGCUUCUACAAACCCAACAGCAAAUGCACCUGGCGCAUCACUGUCCCAGAGGGAAACGUGGUCACGCUCUCCUUCCGCAUUUUUGACCUGGAGGCUGACUCCCAGUGUCGCUACGACUAUCUGGAUAUCUACAACGGCCACUCCAACUUGGUGCAAAAACUAGGUCGGUUCUGUGGAACUUUCCGGCCCGGCACUCAGGUAUCGACCACAAACACCAUGAUGCUGGAGAUGGUGACUGACGAAGGGACCCAGGCCAGAGGGUUUUUGGCUCAUUUCAGUGGAACGAAACCUUACGUCAAUGGUAUGUAG